AUGACGGCGGUGGCACGGCUGGCGGCGGUGUUCUACGGCGCGCGAUUGCCAAGCGCACGUUCUGCAUUGAGAACUGCGGAUUGGGAGAAAAUCUUUGCUGCUGCAGAAGACGACUUUCCCAUCCAGCUCAUCCGUGCCUUCAUCAGCCACGUUUUCGCUAAGUUGAGCCAGUCAAAGGUGGAGGUGAAGAGCAUCGUUAUCCUGGCAGACGAGGUAGCAGGAGCAGAAGAGCAGAUUGCUGCGGGCGUCACUUCGAUUCUCCGCAAGGCCGUUCUAGACGAGAGCAUUCUCAGAGAACUUCAAGCCACUGUUGUGAUUUCUUCGUUGCUCGGUGCAAUGCCUUCUGGGAGGCAUCCUGUCAUUUUGGAGCUUCCGGAGCGCUUGGAUGCGGAGAAGGUCGCGAAGUCUUGGUGGAAGAGCGAGGAUGCUAAGUUUGCUGCGGCAGCCCUUUCAGACCUUCCUCGCCUGCUGGAGUUCGGGGCAGAGUUCCUCGAUCACCUCCCGGACGAUGCGACCCUCAAUCAGAGCGACGUCUCGAAACUCUUCGUGCAUGUUCGCCAAAGGCUUCCACAGCGCUACACGCUCCAGCUCCCUCCAGCUGCAGACCUCUAUCCGGCUGUUUUCGGAGAAGAAAUGAAGCGAGAUGCCACUGUCAUGAUAUACAUCAAGCGGAGCCUCUUCGUGAAUGCCUUGCAAGAGGUUGAACUGCCAAGCCCUGAUGGCACCUCUGCGCCCAGCAUCACGCCCGUCGUUUCACUUUUCAUGAUCAGCGCGGCUGCAAAAGCAAGCAGAAACCCUUCCAGCUUUGCCAAGCUUGUGGCUGAGUUCCCUGAGAACAUCGAGCUGAAAGAAGAAGGGCAGGUUGCCCCAGAGCAGAAACAACGCAUCCGCUUUCCUGAAAGCCUUGGAAAGCUUGCCAGCCGAUCCCCAAAACGUCUGGCUUCUAGAGUCAGCGAGAAACGAAGCUUGGGAUAUCCUUGUGGCUGUUUUUGA